UGACAGAUUUCCGAUAGCGCGAAUGCACCACCGCUUUGCUGCCAUCCAUGCAUUCAGUCCUGUCUGUGGUGGUACCUGCUGGCUGCUUAACUUAGCUAGCAGUCUUACCUAUCAGUUCAGGAGUAACAAAAAAUGAACGCGAGAGAAAAUGAUUUUUAUUUUGUUUCCCUCUCGAUGUAUCGUCGCGUUUUAAGGAAAAGAUGAAGACCAUCCACUUGGUUUUAGUGUUUUAGCCGUUAGAGCAUUUUUUUUUUCUGAAUCCGUUUUGCGUGUAACUGGAAGUGGAAAAGACAAAGAGAAAAAGAGCUUUCCAAUAGCUAGAAUGGUUUGGGCCUAAAAAGAAGACAAGAGCAACAUGAACCGUGAGGACCGGAAUGUGCUCCGAAUGAAAGAACGAGAAAGGCGAAAUCAAGAAAUCCAACAGGGAGGAGGAGAGGCCUUCCCAGCAAAUUCCCCUCUCUUCCCCGAACCCUACAAAGUGGUGAGCAAGGAAGAUAAACUGUCCAGCCGUAUUCAGAGCAUGCUGGGCAACUACGACGAAAUGAAAGAGCCAAUUGGUGACACCCUUCCGAAACUUAAUAGUAAACCAUCCAACAGCUCGUCUUCCUCUGAGGAGAAGUCGGGUCCACCUUUGUUUGGUGGGGACCAGCGGUGUGGCGGCAGCAGCCAGAGCAGUAAGUGGACCCCUGUUGGCCCCGCAGCGGGCGGAUCUUCAUCCCAGUCUCAGAAACGCUCAGGACUCCAGGGCGGGCACAGCACCCAGAGGAGCAACGGAGGCGGUAGCGGCAGCAGCAACAGUAGCCAGAGAGGAGAGGUGCGGGAAAAGAAGUCAAGUAAACACAGCGGAGGGUCCGAUCACUCGAAGUCACACACGUCAAGUCCGGCAAAGGGCUCUCUAAGUUCCUCCAGCAGUCACUCGCGGAGCUCUUUGUCUGCCGAGCAGCAUCACAACAAGGACCGCUACCGCUCAAAGUCACCGCGAGACAGAGAGGCCAACUGGGACUCACCUUCACGGGUUCACACGUCCUUCCCCAGUGGACAGCACUCAAGUCAGGCCUUUCCCCCAUCUCUCAUGUCCAAGCCCAGCACAAUGCUGCAAAAACCAACAGCCUACGUGCGGCCUAUGGAUGGCCAGGAAACAGCAGAACCUAAGAGUUCGCAAGCGGAAAGCUACACUGGACAGUCGCACAGCAGCACCGUGGGAGAGAUGAAGUCCAACGGCAAAGCCUCACUUACCAAACUUAAGAUCCCUUCCCAACCUGUAGAGGGAUCCGGUGAUGCCAACUGUGUCGACGAAAUUCUUAAGGAAAUGACUCAGUCGUGGCCCCCUCCUUUGACAGCCAUCCACACUCCCUGUAAAACAGAGCCCUCCAAGUUUCCAUUCCCCACCAAGGAUACUCACCCUUUUCCAAGUGGGCACAAGCGAGGCAGUUCAUCAAAGAGCUCCAGUAGCCACCAAGCCAAAGCUUGUGAUGACCAGCCCACUAGGUUGGAGGAAGACCUAAGGCUAAGCAGCAGUGAGGACAGUGAUGGAGAACAGGACUCUGCCAAGAAUGCCUCAAGGAACACAUCAGCAAGCAAUAACAGCGAAGCAGCUGACCAAUCAAGGGACGACUCCAGCAGCCACAGCGGCUCAGAGAGCAGCUCGGGCUCUGACAGCGAGAGCGAAAGCAGCACGACAGACAGCGAAGCCAACGAGCAACCACGGCCCGCCUCCCCUGAACCUGAAAAACCCAUGGCAAACAAGUGGCAGUUGGACAACUGGUUCAAGAAAGCCAAGCAGUUCUCACCCUCAUCUCCAGUGGACAACAAUAGCGUCCCACCCAAAUUCAAGAAAGAUGGCCGAGAUAACAGCUCAGGGCGCAGCUAUAGUAGCCAAGGAGGGGGGUCAAAAGAUUCAGCAGCACCCACCCCAAGCAGGGACCUGCGGGCAGCCCAGAAAGGUGCAGAAGGUGGUCGUGGCCGGCAAAAGUCACCCGCACAGAGCGAGGGUGGCACAAAUCCACGUAUUCGAGUGGGUAAAAAGCAGCCUAAAAAAUCAGAGAAGCCUCCUGUGGUAGAGGAACCGAAGGGAGGUCUGAGAGUGGAGAGUGAGCCGGCUCCAGAGAUACCUCCUCAUCAGCCCAAAGCUGCUACGAAGGGUUCACGCAAACCAAGCAUUAAAAAAGAACCCAAAUCCUCGCCGAGGCCCACUCUAACUACUCCCUCCAGCACUGCAGCCCAGCGCAAGCCCAAGGCAGCAACCAAGACUUCUCAGAAAUCUCGUGAAUUUGUUGACACAGACUUUUCAUCAUCAGACUCUGAAGGAAACGACAGCAUCCCGUCCUCAUCCCAGACACCCAAGUACACAGAGAGUAUCAGGACACCCGUGUGCGUUUUUUCGCCUGGGGAAGAGAGGGGGCUGUUGUCUCCUCUCAGUGACCCCGAGGACCGCUACCCUGCGAGACAGCCUCAGCAGCAAGUUUUAUUAGUCAAGAUAGAUCUCAGCUUGCUGUCCAGAAUCCCAGGGCGGCCCUACAAGGAACCUGCAGAGAUAAAAGUGGAGAGGGAAGACUCUCUCGACAGGGACAGCAAAGACUUCAGCAAACAGAGCUCUGAGAAAAGCUCGAGCAAGGCCAAGAGGAAACACAAGAAUGAUGAGGAAGGCACAAAGCCAGAGACCAAGCGGAUCAAGCUAGAGGAUAAAUCUACAUCCCAUCAUAAAAGCAGCAGUAAAGAUUCUAAAAGGUCUUCGGAAAAGAAAGAGGAGCCAGUCCCCUCUCCUUCCAUGUCCGGUCUUCAGCGGACAAUUAAGGCAGAGCAUCCCAGUCGAAAGAGGACGGUCAGCCAGUCCUCCACGUCAUUGUCCAGCGGGACAGGAAGUGGAAAAGAAGGGAGUCACAGCACCAAGGGCAGCUCCACCUCCAAACAUAGAAAAGGAGAGGAAAAAGGGCGCAGCACACGUGACGGCAAGGAGAAAUCCUCAAAGGGUUGCGAUAACCAGCUGGCUGUGCCCCCGCUCUCCACAGACGGCUCCAAGUCUCAGAGAUCCAAGCUGGUGUUUGAGGACAGGGUCCAUUCAGCAGAUCACUACUUACAGGAGGCCAAGAAACUUAAACACAAUGCAGAUGCCCUGUUUGACCGUUUUGACAAGGCGGUUUUCUAUCUGGAUGCCGUGGUGUCUUUCAUUGAAUGUGGUAACGCGCUGGAGAAGAGCGCUCAAGAGGCCAAGUCUCCUUUCCCCAUGUAUGCUGAAACGGUGGAGCUUAUCAAAUACACUAUGAAGUUAAAAAGCUACAUGGCCCCAGAUGCUACUCCAGCAGAUAAGAGGCUAGCCGUGCUGUGCCUGCGAUGCCAGUCUCUUCUCUACCUGCGGUUGUUCAAGUUGAGGAAAGACAGCGCUCUAAAAUACUCUAAAACACUCACCGAACACCUAAAGAACUCUUUGAGCAACACCCAAGCUCCCUCUCCUGGAAUGGGAAAUAAGACGGCAGGUAUGCCCUCUCCAGUAUCUCCCAAACUUUCACCGGGCACAGCGGGUGGCUACUCAGCAGUCAGCAGUGCCAGCAGCACUAGCUCGUCUGUGACCAUACCUCAGCGGAUCCACCAGAUGGCUGCCAGUUAUGUCCAGGUCACCUCCAACUUCCUGUACGCCACCGAGGUCUGGGACCAGGCUGAGCAACUAUCUAAAGAGCAAAAAGACUUCUUCACAGAGUUGGACAAAGUUAUGGGACCUCUGAUUUUCAACACCAGCAGCAUGACAGAACUGGUGCGUUACACUCGGCAGGGCCUCCACUGGCUGCGCUUGGACGCAAAAGUUAGUCCCUAGCGAGGACUCACUCCCUGCAAGCUGCUUUUCCACACACCCACACCUCAGCCUUUUUGUGUUCAGUAACAUCUGCUCAGAGACAGACACACACACACACACACAAACGCAGGCACGCAUGCCCUCAAAGAAGACAGACACACAAACACAACCCUCCUCUGGUCCUCCAUUUACACACGUGUGAUGAACUUCUCAGACAUAUCUCCAACACUGUGUCCAUUUCCUACACCAGCUUGCCAAAAAAAAAAGACAAAAAAAAAAAAGACAAAAAACCAACACUGAGCAAUUUAGAGCAUCUCUCACCUUCGACGGCACCACACAGGGAGAAGCAUCCAAACUGCAGCAGGAGUCAGAAGAGCUUAUCGCCUGGCUUCACACAUAUAUCGGCAUUCUUAGGAAAUCUUCGAAGGCCAUGUUUUUAAUCUCUCCAGCAUGGAAGCACUGGGUGAAUUAUUUAUUAUGAAUACACUAAAACUCUGCUUUGGUUUUUAGGCUACUUUGGCUUUGAACUUUUUAUUUGUCUUUGUUUCACCAAAGUACCUCCCAUGAACACCAAAGGUGCUUUAAAAAUGAAGGUUUCUCUUUAUCAUUUCUGUGCCUUGUAUGUCAGCUACAGGAAAAUAGUCACCGGUCAUAUCUGAUUCAAUUAUUUUUCUUUUCUUUUCACAGUUUUUACUUCUUUUUUUUUUUUUAACACUUAACAGUUGUUUCAGCAGUUAUUCUUGCAGCAUUUACUGUUUUUGCUUUUGGGUUUGUUUGUUUUUAUAUUUGCAAAGAUGGUGUUGGCCACCACAAAUUAAACCUUGAAGAAUCCCACUGAAGAUUUAAGGACUGAAGGAAGGGCUACUGUGCACAGCAGAUUUCAUGGGGCACACACAUAUUUAUUAAUGAUCCCUUAGGACAUCUGUUGAUCGGUGUACUUGGCUCAAAAAAGUGCCAUUUCAUUUUUCAGAAUCAUGAAAUGUGAUUGCCCUUUCUAACAAAUUAAAUGCUUCACAUGGCCUCCAGGGGUCGCUAGCGGGAGACCUCAACAAGAUUGAUGAUGGCAAACGUUAAGAUUUUCCGCCUCUUUGAAGCUUCACAAUUUCCCACUCGUAGCAGCAUUGUUCAUUCAAAAAUUUCCUAGAGGAAGAGCCGUUUCCAAUCAGUGUUAUUCUUUUUUUCUUCCCCGUGUUUGAGUGUAUUUUUCUAGGGAACAGCAGGGAGUGUUUAGAGUAUUGAAGAUCAUGUCCACAUCCAAUGCAGUCACAGUACAUUUUAUAAAAACUGGGCCUGAGUUGCCGCUAAUUUGGCUGAACAGAAGCUAAUUUAUUUGAAGGGAAAUAUGUCGUCUGGGGAAUGGAACUCAUUAGCGAUGCAGAUGAUCAGUGUUGUAUUUAUACAGCAGAGUUUUAAAUCUAUGAUUAUAUAUUUCAAGAAAAAGUAUAACAACCAAUAUAGAUUUUAUUUAUAUACCAACCAGUUUCUUUUACUUCCUUCUAGCCAAGCAAAAGUAUAACAUGUCAGACGCAUAAAGCAGGGUUACAACAGAGGUUAUAAGAACAAGUAUUUGUAUAUGUUCCUAUUUAAAGUUGUCAAACUGUAAUCGCACUUGUAUUACAAGAUAGUAGCUGGCUCAGUAUGUUAACAUUGCGUUGAUUUUUAAGUUGGCAUUUGGAUUUUACAGUAAUUCACUUACAUGAACUGUCCAUUUUGGUUGUUUCAAGCUCACCUUCUACCAAAAUAUGCUGGAAAUACUAAAGCCUGGACCAGAUGGCAUUCGUUUUGUUUUGGCUGGACAAGAAUGUGCCAGAAAGAUCUAUAAUGCCUUGUUUAAUUUAUUUUUCCCCCUGCAUGUCAAGACUAAACAAAAUGCUGUUUGGCCCAGGUUUGACCCUUUCUUUUUUUUCUUGUCAUUUUCUUUCUUUUACUGGCUCCCUGGCCUUUAUUGUAGGAAGGGAUACUGUUAUUUUCUCUUACACUUGAAAAAAAAAAAAAAAGCAAGUCAUAGGAGGUAUUAUUUUAAUCUAUGCAGGAUUUUUACAAAAAAAGAAAAAACUGUUUCUGUGGAAAAAAAUAAUUAUAUUUUUAGGUUUGGGAUUCCUCUGUCCCCCACUUUCUUUUUCCCACCUCAGUGAGAAACCUGUUGAACUCAAAUCCAAUGCCUUUAGCUAUUGCAAUUUUGUGUACUGGUUUAGUAUGCGAGCUUGGCUGUGUGCGUGUGUGUGUGUGUGUGUGUGUGCGCGCGUGUGCGUGCGGAUGUGUGUAUGGAUGUGUGUAUAGAUCUGAUUUUAUAACCAAACACAGAUGGCUUUAGCCAUUUUCUACUUAAAGCUGGAGGCCACUUUUCUCAUAGGAAUUCCUCUGUGGGUUUUGCCAGCCCAGUCAAUGUCUUCAUACACUGGUACACUUUGUAAGUAGAGGUCAGCGCCUUGUGUUCCCUACACUAUCUUGUAGUCAAAUGUAAAAAAGAAAUGAAUUAAAAAAUAAAUAAAUCCUAAAAUGAAAAAAAAAUAAAAAAUUUAGCAUUAGAGAAAAUUUUUAACGAUUUGCUACUCAUACUUAUUUAUUUUUCUGCCCCUUUUGCUUAAUGUUUCUUUCCUAUUUUGCCUUUUUAAUGAGCACCGUUUUAUGAAAUAGGAAGGUGUAAAUGUAACGGGGUUGUUCAUGAUGAGAUUUCAUUGUAAUUAGUAAUUAAUAUUAAUUCUAACUUGAAAGAAUCCAGGGUAAGAUGAGGUUUUUUUUGGUUUUUUGCAUUCAGUAGGAAAAUGUUAACACUUGCAUGUUUCUAUUUAAAUACAAAUGUAUAAAUUGUAAAUAUAACAUUUCUUUAAGGGUGAAUUUCUACUACAGGUUGACAUUUUUAUUAAAUUUAAAAAUGCUGUAAAUAUACUUGUGAGAUACUUUAUGCACAUUUUUUUUUCCCUUUUGGGAUUUUUUUUUUUUUUUUCCUUCUUCCAAGUGGUUACAGAUUACAACCCUAGUCUGAUAACUCUGUAUAUCAAAUGCUUUCUCAGUCCUUUUUCUAACUGUGCUGGUAUUCUUUGUCUUCUGCUUCACUGUCUCAGUAUCACGGUCGCCACAUAAUCAUUAACGUCUCUAGAUCCAAGUGCGAAUAUUUUGUCUUCUCUGUAUUUGAUAUGGAGCUGUGUACUUUUUCAUGAAGUGUAUAUUGUUGAUCUCAUGGGAUGGAUGAAUGGCAUGUACAGUCUGUUCUGUAAAACCAUGUCUGUUUCUUCCUCAGAGAGAGGUAUAUUUACUAUGUGUCCCUUUUGAACAAUUGGUCCAACAUGUCUUUUGAAACAGAGGUAUUUCUCUACACAUCAAAACCAGUUGUAGCAGUUUAUACAGUAAGUUGUAUAACACCUUUUUUUUUCUAGAAGUUGUCUCAGAGCCGAGACCAGCAGCAUACACUAUGUACAAUAAUCUAAAUUGGAUUAGUUUUAAGAGAACUGAUGAUAGAGAUACUAUAUAUGAUGGAUGCAAUAUGAUUAAAGGUACUCAUUGAAGUUUGAUCUUCAAACUUAGGUAAUGUAAUUUAAAAGCAUUCUUGUGAAGUGAGUAUUAAUUGUGACUAAUAAAAGUCUGUCCUGAAUAUUCUUUGUAUUUUGCCGUAUUGAGAAUAAAAUAUAUAUGGAUAUGUUUAA